CGCAAAACUCAAAAGCCAUAAAAGAUGUACAUCUGCCAACCAAUUUAACCGUGACUGAACCCUAUAUUCCAAAACCAAGAAAACACACUGCUAAGACUAAGACCAAGGCAGACCCCACAAAAGCCUGGAAUUCAAAGAAACAAUUUGGGACGGGCCCCACCUGCAAAAGACCAAGAAAAAAUUGAAAAGAAAAGGAAAAGAUUCAUCACUCUCUGCCCUAAGGCGUACCCAUCUGCCUCUACAGUCCUUUGCUUAUCUGCCAUCUCUCUUUUCUGUUUUUCUGGGUUCUCUCUCUCUCUCUCUCUCUCUCUCUACCUCUGGAAACUCUCCAAAGCUCUCAUUUCUGCAAACACAUUUUCCCCUCGCGGUACUCGAGGCGUUAAAAGAAACCAAUCCCCACAAGUGGCCCGGAAUAAAGUAUAAAACUUUGGGUGAGACGCUGAGAGGGAGGGUUCAGUUUAGGUUUUAAGGCUUUGGGAUCAAAGCGGGCAUGAAGAUCAAGAGAAAAGGUAAAGUCUACCCAUCUUCCUCGUCGUCUUCUUCUUCAUAUAAAGAUGCCAUUUCUGUAUUCAAGCUUCUUCCGGCUACUAUUCUAGCUCUGGCUUCAGCUCUCUCAGUCGACGAUCGUGAAGUCUUGGCUUAUAUGAUAACCAGGUCCAUUACCACCGCUAACCCAUCUUCCAUUAUCGAGCGGCAUAAGAAGAAGUGCAAGACACCCCACAACGUUCAGAAGCUUCCUCUUUUCGAAUGUGGGUGCUUCGACUGCUACAUCAGCUUCUGGUUCAGGUGGGACUCCUCGCCGGACCGUGAGCUCAUUCACCACGCCAUUGAAGCGUUCGAGGACCAGCUGACCACCACCGAGUUCUUCAAAAAGAAUGGCAGAGGAAGAAAGCGAGAUAAGCUCGUGGGUCGCCGCGACGCCGAAAGAUCGGCCGACUUAACGGAGGAGAACCGAACCGAACCGAACCGCCUAAACGACGUCGUUCUGGAGCCUGAUGCUGAAGACCCCGGCGAAAAUGACCUGGACUGCGACGGCGCUGAGUUGAAUGGAGGGUUGGAGAUGGAGGUGGUGUCCGCAUCAGCUCCGGCGAGCCACCACAAGGGUUUGGCCAGAAAAGUCCUGCCGGACGUGGUGGGUUUAUUAAAUUCGCGUUUGUGGAGCCUUUGGAGUCCGAAUAUUUAGAAGGAAAAAAAAAAGGAAAAAGAAAAAUGAAGAAAAACAGUUGUAUUAGAAGCAGCACAUUCCAUAAUCCCCCUGGAAUAUGAAUAUUAAUAUAAAAAUAUAAUAUAAUAUAUAUUUUCCUAUUGUUUCUCGGGAAAA